AUGUUUAAAGGUUGCUGCAUUGCUGGAUGCAAAAACCAAGGUGAAUUUCCUUUAUCUAAAAUUCAAGGGACAGUAAAAAUUAAAAAAGAGCUCAUUAACACAAUUCCACGUGAAUGGAAAAUUUGUAAAAAUGAUUUUGAUAAUAUGUUGAAACAAAUGGAAUGUUGCAUUGAACAUUGUGACAAAAUGGCAUGUCCAUUAGAAGUAUCACCAUCGAAAUUAAGUCAAGUAAACUUAAAAAAUGAUUGUUGUCAUCAUCAAUUAUGUACUUUCCAUGCAACUAAAUAUUCAGAUAUAAUAACACCAACUCCUAUUAAAAGAGAAGUCCAAACAACUGACGUACAACUACCUCAACAAAAGAAACAAGCUGAAGACGAAGAUACUAUCACUGAAUCUAAUCAACAUAAUAGUGAUACUGAUACUUCAACUGAAACAAGAGAUGAUGGUGACAAUAAUCCUACAACUGGAGAAGAAAAAAAUGAAAAAAUAAAAAAUGAAAAAUCCAUUACUGUUCCAGCUGAACCAAAUCAAUCAACUUUUAUGGAAACAGAAAAAAAUAAUAAUUAUGGUAAAGAAACAUCUCUUAGAAGAGAAGGAGGAGAAGAACAAAAAACUGAAGCUUCUAAGAGUUAUCCUCAAGAAUCUAAAGAAGAAAAUAAAACAUUAGUUGAAGGUUCUAUUGUUAAUGAUGAAAAUAAAAUAAAAGAAGAUAUUGUUGGUGCUUCUUGUGAAGAUAUAAAAAACUCUGAAAACCCACAAAUAAAUUUAGAAGCUCAUGAAGAAGAAGUUAAUAAAGAAGAGCACCAAUGUUGUAUUGAUAAUUGUAAUGCAAUUGUUGAAAAUGAAAUUCCUAUAUUACAACCACUUCAUGUUUAUGUUUGUCAAAAUCAUUUAGAUGAAAUUAUUAAAUUGUGGAGAGUUUCAUUAUUGCAACAUCAAGUAGUUCUAAAUGAUGAAUGUCUUGAAUUAUUAAAAAAAGGAACUAGAGAAAAUAUAUAUAACCCAUUAUAUAAUUAUACUAAUCCAAUGCAAAACGAUGUAAAAUGUGCACUAUGUUGUGGUUUUUAUAAAAAAGAAGAAACAUAUAAUUGUUCAUUUUGUCCAUUUACUUUUUGUGUUGAAUGUUAUAAACAUUUAUGUCUUACAUUAGGAACACCUCAACAAUUUAUUUCUAAUAAAGCUCGUUGGAAAUGUUUUGUUUGUUCUUGUUGUGAACCAGCAGCAAUGAAUAGAAAUGUUUUCAUUAAAAAACAAUUAGCGUUAUUAACACCUAUUAUUGAAGCUAGGAUAAGUGAUGGGUGUGUUAUUGGAAAAUCUGCUGAUGAAUUAAAAGAGUUUGUUGACAGCAUCAAAUAA